CUCCUCAUCCUCCUCACCCUUUCUUCAUUCAUGCAUUCACCAUGAAUCCAGCAGGACAACAGUGACACGCGUCUCCACAGCUGGUGAGCGUUUCACCGGUGCAGCCGCGGUAACAGUUUGUUUUUACUGCGCUGUUUAAAACAAAACAGAAAAACCUGGAAGACAAGAAAACAGGCGGAGCUAAAGGUUUCUGAAGGAUUUCACUUUUUAAAUACAUACAUAUAUAUAUAAAGUAUUAUUUAAAGAGGAAUAUUUUUGGUGCGAGUCUUUUGCCGCGGACAUGGAGUACACGUCAUCCCCAAAACCGCAGCUGUCAUCCCGGGCAAACGCUUUCUCCAUAGCGGCCCUGAUGUCCAGUGGGAAGCCGAGUAAAGACAAAGAGACGGAGGAGAGCACCAUCAAGCCUCUCGAGCAGUUCGUGGAGAAGUCCUCGUGCAGCCAACAGUCUCUGGCUGAGCUGUCCUCGCUGGACGGACACGCGGACUUCAGUGGGAGCGCGCCCGCCGUGUGCACGGAGCCGCUCAUCCCCACCACUCCCGGCAUCCCCAGCGAGGAGAUGGCGAAGAUCGCGUGCAGCCUCGAGACCAAAGAGCUGUGGGACAAAUUUCACGAUCUCGGCACCGAGAUGAUCAUCACCAAGUCUGGAAGGAGAAUGUUCCCCACCAUCCGUGUCUCUUUCUCUGGCGUGGACCAGGACUCAAAGUACAUCGUGUUGAUGGACAUCGUCCCCGUGGACAAUAAGCGGUACCGGUACGCGUAUCACCGCUCCUCGUGGCUCGUGGCCGGCAAGGCUGACCCUCCUCUUCCCGCCAGGUUGUACGUUCACCCGGACUCGCCGUUCACGGGAGAGCAGCUGAUGAAGCAGAUGGUUUCCUUCGAGAAAGUCAAACUGACCAACAACGAACUGGACCAACAUGGACACAUCAUCCUCAACUCCAUGCACAAGUACCAGCCGCGGGUCCACAUCAUCAAGAAGAAAGACCACACGGCCUCGCUGCUCAACCUCAAGUCCGAGGAGUUUCGCACCUUCGUCUUCGUGGAGACCGUCUUCACCGCCGUCACGGCCUAUCAGAACCAGCUGAUAACUAAACUCAAGAUCGACAGUAACCCGUUUGCCAAAGGCUUCCGGGACUCGUCGCGACUCACAGACAUGGAGAGCAGGGAAAGUGUUGAGAAUCUGAUCCACAAGCACUCGUACGCCCGCUCGCCGAUCCGAACCUACACCGGCGACGAGGACAACCUGGGCGAGGACGGACACUCCGCGCACGCCAGAGGCUCAGCGUUCAGCGCCUCAGAAAACCUCUCUCUGAGCUCCUGGGUCACCACCACGUCGGGCUUCUCGGGCUUCCAGCACCCGCAGUCCCUGUCAGCAAUGGGCACCAGUGCCGCCUCCCUGCCGCACCCCAUCCAGGGCUCCCUGCCCCCCUACAGCCGGCUGGGCAUGCCGCUCACACCCACAGCUCUGGCGGGAACCAUGCAAGCCAGCGGGCCGUCGUUCCCCUCCUUCCACAUGCCCCGCUACCACCACUACUUCCAGCAGGGGCCCUACGCCGCCAUCCAGGGACUGCGCCACUCCUCCACGGUCAUGACGCCCUUCGUAUGACUCCACACUUAAACCUUUCUCCCGAGUUCCUUUUCCACAGCGGCUCCUCACUCGUCAUCCAGUUUGCGCGUUGCCUCUGGUCUUUGUAAAUAGUUCACCUCAGUGUGUGAGGUAACGGACACUAUGAAGAGGAAACUGCUUCCUUUUGAGCAAAUCCAGGAAAAACGAAAAGGACUGAAAGACCCCAGGACCUGGUCCAGGUUUUGUACAGACUCUUUGGUGACGUUGAACAAACUCUAAAUCCUAAUGCGAGACGACAAAGGGAACAUGUUUGAGCUUGACCCUUGAGGAAGUGGAUCCUCCAUUAACACUCACUUUACCAAUAUUUAAAAAAAAAACACACACACCCUUUGUUCCUCUUUAGACUGGCUACAGGGUCUCAAGUGAAGCUUUAAAGAUCACACUCAACCUGUGUAAGUGAUCAUGACUGGAGCUUCAUGUGACCCAACACUUCAGCAUAUCAUAGAGGCAAAGCUGCCAUCUCAGCUUUUCUAGAAAAACCAGCCACGUGUACAAUAUGACGUUAUAACUCCACGCUCUGAUGGAGACAUGUUAAAAAAUGUAUUGUACAAAGAUGAAAAAGCUACAUUUACUCAUAGGAAAAUUCUCACUGUAUAGAGUGUAAAAGAAAAAAAGUUUAAAAAAAAUCAUAGGACGCAUGCUGACCGCAGUAGACAGACACACAGGGUGAACUUCAUACUAAAAUAAGGGACGAAAAUGAUCAACUUUGACCGGGGUGAGAGAUUUCUGCUUAUACUUUAAAGGUCCAGUCAAACAAGCAUUUUCAAUUUCAGUAGAAAAGACUUAUAGCCUUUUUUUAACGUGGGAUUAAACCUCAGUGGCCGACGUUAAAUAUUAUUAACCAACAGCAAACACCAAAGACCAUUAACUGAGCAUCCAACACGGAAGAAACUACAGAGCUUAAGCUGUAGCUAAUUCACUGUGUUGGACCAUGAACAUUUCAUUAUUUACCUGCCCGGUUUUUCAAAGUGUCGCGUUAGCAAAACGAGCUAAUAUUGCUAGCUGUGAGUUUGCUUGUUUUUGCCUGGAUUAAGAUUAAACCUUGUUCACAAAAUGACAGCAGGAAGGAGGGAAAAACGGAAAAAACAUUAGUAGCUUGUUAGCAUGUUAGCCGUUAGCUCACAAGCCCAACCAACCCUUUGAGCGACUGGACCUUAAUAUGUAACUCAUUUGACGACCUAAUGACGCAGAGAUGACACUUUAAAUUUGAGUUAUUCAUUCGGUUGUCGACACGGAUUCUAGAGAGAAUUCAAACUCAGCAAACAAACGUGUCAACAUUUUACCAGCAGUGAGACUUUAGCGUAAACAGACAACAAUCCCAUUAAAGGCCCAUUCAUACCCCAUUUCCAUCCGUUUUACGCCCAUUCGUCCCACAUGUCGUCUCCGUCACGUACCUCUGUGUGUAUGGACAUUUACACGAUAUCAUUAACAAGCUAGCUUCAAUUAAAAGGGAUUCUUUAUUAUUGUGCUUGAUUUCGUGGCAUUGGAAUUAAUGUAAGUCGUCCAAUUAAUGGGGAAUAUUACUCGUCGUUGGUGCUGAUGAGAGAGAUCGAUGACGAGCAGCAUUUUCAGGUAUUUCUGUACAUGUCUGCUGCGAUUUUUGACAACUUGUUAGCCCCACGAAAUAAAACCGCAGCGCAUCGGGAAGUGAAGCCGAAGCUUGAUGCUUCUUCGUCGUUUGCCUGACUGAUUGGAUUCUAUACUUCCCCCCACUUGACGCACAAUAACAGAAAAAAUGACAGAAACAAGCAGCACAAGUGAGCAAGUCCUACCUUCACAUGAAUUCUUAUUGAUCCAAGUCCACAUGGAGACUAUGCAAUCACACUAAAUAACUGGAGAGCAUUAACGAAAUAGCUCCUAUUGCAUGUCCUAUUUUUAAACUGUAAACUUUAAAUUUUAAGAAAAAAAUCCUAAUAAUUUCAGUCAAACAGUCCGCAAAUAAAAUAUAAAUAAAAUACAAGCAUGUUUCCUUUAUUACGUGAGAAUGAAAACAUGAAAGAAGCAUCACCGCAGUCAAAAAUUCAAUGAUGAGAUUCAAUUUUUUUUAAACUCUAAAGUUACCAGUAUUAGUACUGACAUUUAAUAAUCCAGGUUUAUUUGACCUUCACUAAAAGCAACAGUUGGACUUGUUUGAUGAUAGUCGCUGGUAAAGAGUUGGGUUUGUGUGUGUGUGUGUGUGUGUGUGUGGUUCUGUCUCGUAUGAGGAAGACUUUGAAAUCAUGAAAAUUGGGGAUUGGGGUUUGGCGACAACACCUUAAGGAAUUCUUCUUUUACUGUGAAAGUACCAGCGUUAGGUGCAUUCAGAGGUGUGUGUGUGUGUGUGUGUGUGUGUGUGUUCGGUGCUUUCCUGUGGCGACAGAGGGGGUGAAACAAACACUGUUCAAUGUUAAUUGGUUUGAUUUGUGCCACAUUUGUAAACAAAGGAAGAACAUGGAUAUAAUUAUUUACAUGACAUUUAUCUCUUGUGUUUAUUAAGCAAAGACAAUGACUUGGAUCCAUUUUUGUCCUGUUUUUUGUUGUUGUUGUGGUCUUUUACUGAUGUACAGCCUGAACUGAGAGUUUCCAUCUUCCUUUAUUUCAAAACUAUAUGCACAUUCCCGACUCACCACUGAAAAUAAUCUUUUUUAUUUUAUUUUAUUUUAUGUAUGCCAUAAUCUGAAUACAACACCUGAUGAGAUUGUGUUUUUGACGAUUUUUAAGUGCAAUAUAUUUAUUUUGCUCUCUGGAAAAAAUACUAUGUAAUGUACUAUGCCGCAUUAAAAAAAACAAAAGAAGAAAAAAAGUAGAUAUUUGUAAACCCUGAGAAAUAUACAGUAUACCACCA